GGAGGGGGAAAAGACUGAUCCACAACAAGGACUUACGGGGAGAAAAGAGCAGCUCAGCAGGUGAGGAAGGAAAGGAAGAGAGGAGCCGAGAGGACUUUCCACCCUCUGCAUCCUUCUGCCAAGGACCCGCCAUGUCGGAAGGGGUCGACUCUCAACCCGUGGCCCUGGGCGCCAGCCGAGUGGAGCUCAGAGUUUCCUGCUGGAGCCUGUUGGAACGUGAGGAUGCCGUCAAGCCGGACCCCUGCCUGGUUCUUCACCUGCUCAGUGCUGGACAAUGGAGUGAGGUGGGGCGCUCCGAGGUCCUCCGCGGCUCCCAGAACCCCGUCUUUGACCAUGUAUUUGCCCUGGACUACUUUUUUGAAGAGAUGCAGAUCUUGAGGUUCGACGUCUUUGAUGCUGAUGGGGAGAGAGCUGAAGACCUGGGGUCCGAAGCAGGGGUCCUCCUGGGCACCAUCGAGUGCACCUUAGGCCAGAUUGUCUCCCAGACCAAGGUCACAAAGCAGCUGCAGCUGACAAGUGGAGACAUUGUGGAGAAGUCAACCAUCACGAUUGAAGCAGAGGAGGUCUCCAGAACCAACGAGUUUGUGCAACUGGAAUUUCAUGGGCAGGAGCUGGACGACAAGGAUUUCUUCAGCAAAUCCGAUCCUUUCCUGGAGAUCUAUAAGGUCAACAGCAGCGAGAAAGAACACCUGGUCUGGAGGACAGAGGUGGUGAAGAACAACCUGAGCCCCCGAUGGCAACCUUUCCGUGUCUCCCUGCAGUCCCUGUGCAGCUGCGAUCCGGGAAAAAGCAUCCGAUGCAUCAUCUACGACCACGACUCCAGCGGAAAGCACGACUACAUCGGCGAGUUCAGCACCACCUUCCAUGAGAUGCUUCAGGCUUCCUCGGGGGAUGAGGUGAAAUGGGAAUGUAUUAACCAUAAAUAUCAAGAGAAGAAAAAGCAUUACAAGAACUCCGGGUAUAUCCUCCUCGCUCAGUGCAAGAUGGAGAAAGUUCACACCUUCCUGGAUUACAUCAUGGGUGGUUUACAAAUUUCCUUCACGGUGGCCAUUGACUUCACAGCCUCCAACGGAGACCCCCGGAGCGAACACUCCCUGCACUUCAUCAACCCCAAGGAGCCCAACGAAUACCUGAAGACCUUGUCCUCUGUGGGCGAGAUCUGCCAGGACUACGACAGCGACAAGCAGUUCCCGGCGUUUGGCUUCGGCGCACGGAUUCCUCCAGACUUUGAGGUGUCUCACGAUUUCGCCAUCAACUUUGAGCCGGACAACCCGGAAUGUGAAAGGAUCGCCGGCGUGAUUGAGGCCUACAAACGCUGCCUGCCCCAGAUCCAGCUCUAUGGCCCAACCAACGUCGCCCCCAUCAUCAACAAGGUGGCGGCUCCUGCAGCUGAGGAGGAGAAAACAGGGCUGCCAACGAAGUACCGUGUGCUGCUGAUUCUGACAGACGGCGUGGUGAGCGACAUGCCCGAGGCGUGUGACGCCGUAGUCCGGGCCUCCCGUCUUCCCCUCUCCAUCAUCAUCGUGGGCAUUGGAAACGCUGAUUUCUCCGACAUGCGAGAGCUCAAUGGCGACCGCGGGAUGCUGGAGUCCGACGAGGGCCGGGCCGUCCGCGACAUCGUCCAGUUUGUGCCGCUCCGUGAAUUCAAGAAGGCUCCACCCAACGCUCUGGCCAAGUGUGUCCUGGCUGAGGUCCCCAAACAGGUGGUGGAAUACUAUGGCAGCAAAGGCAUCGCCCCUGCGACACAGAGGUCCUCCUCCCCUCAGCCCCAGUGAGACCCACGCGCACCUUUCCCCCCAUGGGCCUGGUCUGUCCAGCACCUUAAUGUGCCUGUUUCUCUUCCCCCACACCUUCGUCUUCCAGCCCUCGGUCCUGUAGGCGCCCUCCCCCCCUCCCCUCUGCCUCUUCUGGUGGGGAAGAGAGAGAAAGAGAGAGAAAGAGAGAGAGAGAGCGCGCACUUCGCCUCUGGCCUUGGGCUUCCACCCACGACUCAGGACGGCAGCGGGAACCGCAUUCCAUCCAGAUGUUCCCAGCUGUUCCCCAUCUUCCUCCUGUCCCCCCCCUCACAGAUCCUCACCCCGGAUAAGCCUGCGACUGUGACUCCCAUCUCC